AAAAAACGACGCAUCUUCGUUCGCACGCACGCAACGAUCGCCUCGCCCUUCGAUCCAUCGAAUGAGCGAAAUCGACACCAGAUACACCUUACCAUACGCCCCCGCGAUCUACCACAUCAUCCUGCUAAGCUCUUGCCGUCGACCUAUCCCCUUGCAUUCGUCCUCGGUCGGGUGCCCCCUGGCACAUCGCCGCCGCCAUGACGGACAGGUUGCCGCCCAACCUCCUCGCGCUUUUCGCGCCGCGCCCUCCGCUGCGAUACAUUCCGCACAUCGACGCGCCUCCCGACCAGCGCCGGGCGACGACUAUUGACGGAGUUGCCGGGUUCAAGGCCGCGCUUCAGGAGUACAAGGACAAGGACGGCUACGUGGCCUCGGAGAGCUGGCUCCAGAGGCGUGACAGGAAGAAGGCCGAGCACACCGAAGAAGUUGCGCGCCAUUUGAAGGAGGGCCCGGCCAAGUACAAGCCUCUUGAGGACCCCAAUAUCCGUGGUGACGCCUUCAAAACUUUGAUCGUCGCCCGGCUUAGCUAUGAAGCCGACGAGCGCGACAUCGAGAAGGAGUUUGGACGAUUUGGCACGAUUGAACGCAUCCGGAUAAUCAAGGACACGCAUGCCCAUGAGAAGGGCAACAAGAAGCGUAAGCCGCACCGCGGAUAUGCCUUUGUCGUCUUUGAACGCGAGAAGGACAUGAGAGCGGCACUCGAUGGAUGUGAUGGUAUCCGGAUCAAGGACAGGCGUGUCAAGGUCGACGUGGAGCGUGGCCGGACCGUCGAGGGCUGGAAGCCACUUCGUCUGGGCGGUGGCCUCGGCGGCCGCGGUUACACCAUGGCCAUGCCAUCGCAGCCCAUGGGCCGCGGAGGGUUCGACGGCGGCUUCCGUGGUGGCUUCCGAGGCGGGUUUAGGGGCGGUUUCGGAGGCGGCCGUGGUGGCGACCGUGGCUUCAGGGGCGGCGGAGGACGCAGCUUCUCGGACCGUGGCUACGGAGGUGGCUUCGGCGGCCCGCGCGGCGGCGACAGGGACCGAGGCGGCGCCAACGGUUACGGAGGCCCGCCGCCCAAUGCGCCUGGAGGACCAGGCUUCCGCGACAACAGACGCGACUUUACGGGCUCGCGUGGCGGUGGGUACGACUCGCGUGAUGGUGGCGGCAGCCGCUCCUACGACGACAGGUCCGGCGGCGGUUUCCGGGACCGAGACCGAGAGCGCGAUCGCGACCGCGACAGAGACCGUGACAACAGGCGAACCGGAAGCAACAUGGAGCCUAUCCGCCCGAGGGAACCCAGGGAGAAUGGCGGUGGUGGGUAUCGCGACAAAGACCGCGACUACGACCGUCCCCGCGACGACGAUCGCAAACGCGGCUACGAGGGCAGCUACGACGAUCCUCGCAAGAUCCGGAGGUACUAAUAGGCCUUGGCACGGCCCCUGUCCUGUGCUCUGGGUGGGUUGACGUGCGUGGCAAGCCGCUCGCCGGCUGAGCGCAUCCCUCUGUUGGAAUCUGUCUUCUGCCCCCGUCUCGUCAAGGGUAGGACAUUGCGACCAGCCAGUCGCCAAGCUGCUUAAAUUUCUGCUGCUCCCUAUCUCAAAUCCUCAUGUCGCCCUGGCCCUGCAAGAGUCGCUAGUCGACGUCGAUCCGCACAAGGUAAACCCCAGACCGGACACUGGAACACCACCACCCGAAGCGAGCCAUCGUCGUUGCGCUGAAGGGCUUUUGCUCUCGCUGCAUAUCAUCACCAGGACAUACCAUGUCCGCCGAUGGAAACAUUCGUCUUGUGCCCUCUCAAUCGGCAGUUCCAAGAAGGUACUCGGCCACGUCUCCUCAUCGGCCACUUCAGUCUUACCCAGGAGUCGACAACCCCGACCCGUGCACAGACAGCCACCCGCGCACUCCUUUUUGUUUCAAUACCUUUUUUUUCCACCCCCUCUCUUUUUUUUGUACUUCAUAGCAUCACUUGAGAUCCCAGGGAUUUAAUGGCGAGGUGAGAUGUGGCUCGAUACGGCUCUGGGAACUGGAUGGACAUUUGAAGCGAGCCGUCGAGGUAAGGUCAGAGGUAAGGACGUAUAUGCCUUACUGACCGCUGCAGAUCCUCCAGGGUAUAGCGAGGCGGCGCGGUCAAGCCCGCCGCCAUCAUGUACGUCUUUAAAAGCAAGUAAGCGGAACAGGGGCGGUAUAGUAUCGUUCUGAGCUGCGUAGAUCUAGAAAUAUUGAAGCUCUUUGCGCGGAGCGGUAGGUUGCAGAAUAUUGUGACGCCCU